AUGGGAGCUGUGGAGUUGGUGCUCGGGGUGGGACACAAGCACCUGCUGACCCCUACGCCUAUGUGCUGGACAUGCCGGACGCUUUUGGAAGCCACACAGAGCCAGGCUUGGCCUCACCCUGGCAUCCAGUCCAUCUUCAUCAACAGAUGCAGCAGUCCCGCCUCGAAGGUGUGUGACUUUGUUUGCGACUGCAGGGACUGCUCCGAUGAGAACCAGUGCGGUUACCACAAAGAAUCAGUCAUGCUGGGAACUCCCUUCACCUGCGAUUUUGAAGAGGGCAACUGUGGCUGGAAGGACGUGAGCACUUCUGCCUACAGAUGGGUCACAGACCGAGCCAGCAUCGCCAUGUGGGGGACAGGACCCAGCGCCGAUCACACCCGGGGCACCGAUCUGGGCUGGUACAUGGCUGCAGAGAUGCGCAGAAACACGUUUGCUGCCAUCGCUAGGUUAAGGUCCCCCGUGAUGCAACAAGCAGCAGCCACCUGUGAGAUCCGAGCAUGGUAUCGCCUGUGGGAAACAGGGCCUAACGAGACGGUGCAGCCGGCUCUGUGGGUGGAGCUGACGUAUGACAAUGAGACCAGAACACUGUGGCAGAGUCUCAAGAGCAGCAUCUCUGCCUGGCAGGAGCUGGUUGCAUACACAGGCCGGGUGCCAGGGGAGUUCCAGAUAACCCUCUCCUCGCGGCAUAGCUCCUUGCAGCUGGAUGACGUGGAGUUCAGGAGCUGUGGCUUGCCACCGCCCCUGAGCCUAGUGUGUGGCCCGGACGAGAGGAACUGCAGCCGUGGAUCAUGUGUGCAGCUGGAGCAGCUCUGUGAUGGCACUGACGACUGCGGGGAUCUGUCAGACGAAUCCGCCACAGAGUGCGGAUCGUUCACCAUCUGUUCCUUUGAGAUGGGCUGGUGUGGCUGGAACACUGUGCCCAAUUACCCGACCUGGAUCAGGAACACAAGCCUCCACCUCGUGCCUGGGGCCCGCAGCCCCACACGGGACCACAGCAGCAACAGCAGGACAGGCUUUUUCCUCUACGUCAGUACCGGCCCACAGGACCGGCGCAGCGAUGCAGCCAGACUCGUUAGUCCAACUUUCCAAGCAACCACAACCAGCUGCUGCUCUCUCGUGUUCUACUCCCACCUCUACGACUCGGCCACCAGCAGCCUCAACAUCUACUACAAACCCAGCUCCGGCGUCAUGCAGCUCGUGCGCUCCAGGGCCGGGGACCUCGGGGAUUACUGGUUCAGGGAGAAGGUGGACUUCAGUGUGACCGAGAGCUUCCAGCUCGUUGUGUCCCUGCAGAUCAUUCUUGAGGGCAUGAUCGGAACAGGACCCAAAGGCAGCAUGGCCCUGGAUGACCUGGUUCUCUCUCCAGGCUGUGUCCGGGUUGCAGGCAGUCAGGUCAUCACCCCCCAGACUUCCUCCAUGGACCCCACCACGCCCUGCACCCCGCAGGAGUUUGCCUGCAACAAUACAAAGUGCAUCAGUGCAGAGCUCGCCUGCGAUUUUAUACAGACGUGUGAAGACGGCUCCGAUGAGACUUACUGUGCCAAGGCCAAAGUGCCUGAGCUCCUGACUCCAGCUGCUUACCCGCCAGUGCCGAUGGCUGUGGGCACAGGGGGCUGCAGCAGCAGACGCCUUCAGGCCAGGAGCAUCUGGGGCUCUUGGCACCGCCUGGCGAGAGGCUUCGGGGCCCAGACAAGGCUAGUGAAAACUUGGUGUGUUCCAGGGGCAUCGACCUUCGAGGCCGGGGCUAGGGGCUGGAAGGAUGUCAGUGUGGGCCAGCUGCAGUGGGCGAGGCAGAAAGCCAGCGAGGCCUUACUGCCUGGGGCAGACCACACCACCAACACCUCCACAGGGAGUUACCUGGGUGUGGUGCUGGCUCCGGGCCAGGUGGUGUCGGUGGCCAGGGCUCGCACUCCUGUUCUGGGCCCCUCGGGCCUGGCCUGCUCCGUGGAGAUGCACUAUUGGCUGCACAGCGACCCCCAAGGGUUCAUUGCGCUCGGCAUCGUGGAUCAUGCCCUGGGGACACACCGGCUGGCCUGGCAAACGCAAGGCAAUGGCAGCACGGCGUGGAAGCACAUCUCCAUUCCGCUAGGGGAGAGAGCCAGACCCUUCCAGCUGGAGCUGACUGCCCUGGUGAAGCUGCGUGGCCCCGUGGUGCAGAGUGCUGCUGUGGACGAUGUUGUGUUUGUGAACUGCGACCCCCGCUUUACCCCGCCAGACGCCUCGGAGCUGUCUUGCAACUUUGAGAUGGGGCUCUGCGGCUGGUACCAGGAUCAGAGCGAUGACUUUGAGUGGGCGAGAGGCACAGGUCUGGGGCUGGGCUCUGACCACACCACUGGCACAGGCUAUUUCUUGUCCGUGGAUCUCUCUGCCCAAAGUACCUGGGACCUGAGCGCGCGUCUCGUCACCUACCCCCAGGACCCUCCCAGCAGAGAGCAGUGCCUCUCGUUCUGGUACCGCCUGGAUGGCCCUCAGAGUGGCACGCUGAACCUAAAGAUCCAGCAUGAUGGGGAGCCGGAGACAGUGCUCUGGACCCAAACGGGCUCUCGUGGCAGCACGUGGCACCUGGGAUUCGCAACACUCAGUCGCCAGGCUCUCCAGAGAUACCGGCUGAUCUUCGAGGCUCUUCGUGACGGGUACCUGGGGAACAUGGCCCUGGACGAUGUCACCGUGCGAGCUGGAGCCUGUGGUCCCCAGACGUCCUGCUCGUUCGAGGCCAAUUCCUGUGGCUUCUCCUCCAGCUGGCAGUACACAUGGGCACGGCAGAGCAACGCCACGGGCACUGCCACCGUUGGCCCUCCCACUGACCACACCAUGGGGACAGCCCGAGGAUAUUACAUGAUUGUUGAUACCAGCAAGGCCUUCCUGCCUCGUGGGCAAGCAGCCACUCUGAGCUCUGGGCAGUACAGGCCCCUGACUGGUCCGCAGUGCCUGGGCUUCUGGUACCAGCUGAGCCCCAGUGACCCAGGUGAGCCCGGAAGCCCCACCCCUUUGAGCCCCUCGGGAUGGCAGGAGUGUGGGAGCUUGGACCCAGGAACAAAUCCCACUGCCUCCUACUUGUGCCCAGGGGCAAGCUCCCACGAACACUGCCAGUGCCUGGGCUUGGUGGUGCCACUGCUCCCUGCCCUCUGCUCCAGUGGGUGGCCCUCAGGAGAUGUCACCUGUCUCUGGCUUUUGCUAGGUUCUCUGAUGGUGUUUAUGAAGGAGAAGGGGGUGCAGCGGAGGCUGUUCAGCGUGAGCUCAGCGCAGGGGGACGCUUGGCGCUAUGGUAAAGUGACUGUCCAAGCGGCUGAGGACUGGCAGGCUGUGUUUGAGGUGGUGAGUGCUGGGGGUGAGCUCUCCUAUGUCGCCCUUGAUGAUCUGCACCUGAAGGCCGGCAGCUGCCCAGAGCCAGGUUCCUGUGACUUUGAGUCAGACACUUGUGGCUGGACCAGCCCCUCAGACCGCACCCUGGGCAGCUACGCCUGGGGCUGGAGGAGCGGGGCCAGCCUGGGCCCCAAGGUGGACCACACGCUGGGCACGACAGCAGGUCACUACGUUUACUUUGAUGCCAGCGUGCUGGGUCCCGGGGGGAAUGCCGCCUGGUUGCUGAGCGAGCACCUGCCCGCCACCAUGGGGGCCUGCCUCCGGUUCUGGUACCACAUGGACUUCCCAGAGCACUUCUACAGCGGCGAGCUGAGGGUGAAGCUGUACAGCAUGGCAGGGGAACUAACAGUCUGGUGCGCCCGAGGGCACCAGGGCCACGGCUGGCGGAACAGAACCAUCUCUGUGCAGAACACUGUGGAGUUCCAGAUUGUCUUUGAAGUGGCCAAUGGCAUGUGGCCUGCUGGGGGAACCAUUGCCUUGGACGAUAUCACGUACCAUGCUGGAGAGGGCUGUGAUGGCAACGGUUUGGGCCAGAUGGAAGGUGGGAAACUUGCCAAAGGCGCUGUGGCAGCAGUCGUGAUUGGCAUUUUCCUGGCCACUGUCUUCCUGCUCCUACUAGCUUGGAGCAUGUGCUGCUGGCUGAAGAGGAGGGUGGCAGCGGGCAGGAUGCCAGAGGAGAGGGCCGCCAGCCAAGGCUUUGACAACAUCACGUUUAGAGAUGACAGGGUCACUAUAACUCCACUACCUGCGGAUGAGGAAGCAGAACCAGACGUGAGCCUCUCAUAAUAGGCACCUACUUGUACUGUAGCUGCACAUACAGAAUGAAACAUGGGUUCUGCAAGGCUUCACGCUCCUCCAGCAACAUGGGCUCAACUUUCAUUUCCAAGGCUACUCUUGAAACUGUUUUGCCUAUUGACUACAAUGGAAGCUUUCGUUGAGACGGACAAGGUCAGCUGGAAGGAGGAAUACAAGCCCCUUUUUGAACUUAGAGUAUGAACAGAUCCUGUAUAACAACUUCCUGAAGCACGUUCAAGUGCUGUCACAUUCCUGCAGUUUCCCCAUAUAGUAUUGCCCUUUCCAUAUGAAGAUCUGUCCCCCUGAUUUUAUCUAAAAUAAAAUGAAUCCUAUAAACAUCAGAUUUCUGAAGAAGACUGUGUAACUGAGUCUGUGUUUCGGUCUGUUCCACACAAUUGUCUGUAGUUACAGAUCUUGGCUGAAGCACUGCUUCCAAAUACAACGCAGCUAAGUGGGUAUGGUACUUUUUGUUCUCUAUUUUUCUAUCUAAGACUAAGUAUACUCCAGCUAUUUAACAAAUGACGUAGGGUAUUGGUUAAGGCAGGGGUCGGCAACCGAUGGCACACGAGCCAAUUUGUAAUGGCACGCGGCUGCCUGCUGGGACCCCACAUGCCAUUAAAAAUCCUGCCGAUGCGGCAAGCCGUGGGGUCCGCAGUCCCAGGCCGGAGCACUGGCCAAGCGCAGCAAGCUGCCGGCACCUCCCCCGCCUUCCCACAGAGCCCUGCCAGGGCACGCGCAGCGCUCUAGGGGCUGGGGCUGCGCGCUCCUGCGGGGCAGCGUUGGGCUCCGUGGAGAGGUAAAGAUGCUCCCUGCUCAUCCGGAGCCCUGCUGUUGCACGCACAUCACUCUGAGG